AGAGAAAAAAGAUUUACUGCAGAUACAUUGGUUGCUGAACCAACCUGGGAGCUAUUAAAAAAGCAAUACUCUCCUCAAUUAGCUAUGAGCCCUAGUUUGAUAGAAAGUGAUGUCUAUCAAUCUCAUGCGUUCAUUUCGCCUUCAGAUACACUGAUUGACCAUGCUGAUUCAAAACUACCUCGCAAGAUUGAAUUAUAUGAUCCUCAAGUCAAUUUA